UGGCGCUGUGGAGGAGGUUCGUCUGCUGACAGUCAGGCUGAUUCAUUUCCUGUAGCUGAGGUCGUUUAAUCCACAUUAAGACAAACACAUGAAAGAUGAUAUUAAGGUGAGCGCUCGCUUCGUCUCCAUGGAAACUGGGACACGACAUCUGCUAGCGCUGUUUGCUGUCGUCAGCUGAAAAUGUUAGCAUUCCCCUGCUAGCUGGAGCUAGCUAGCUGGCUAACAGCAAGUCGCCAAACAGACCGAAAAUAUGCUCGUUUAUGUCGCGGACAAUGACGUUAAACUCGUUGUAACCAAUGACUGAGUUGGUUUAUUCAGUGGCAAACCGGACAUUAUCUGUUUAGGACGACGUUUCCGACCAGCUAACGUCUCGCUAGCUAAGCUAGGAGGAUGGGGAGCCGCCGUGGAUUCGUGUUGUUGCUCGCCAGUGGGAUUCUGCUGUCGGCGGUCUGGCUGUCUGAAGGUGCUCCUCUUCGUCAUCAUCACAAAUCAGCAGUAAGCACAGGGGACACUGCUUCCACCUCGCUGUACCUGGCCCUGGUGGUGUCACUGACGGCGCUUCUGGUCCUGGUGGUGCUGCUGGUAAACUGUGUGACCUGCUGCAAGGAAAGGGAGAUCAACUUCAAGGAAUUUGAGGACCACUUUGAAGAUGAGAUCGACUUCACUCCACCGGCAGAGGACACGCCUUCUAUGCAGUCUCCAUCCGAGGUGUACACCCUCGCUGUGUCCCCUGUGGCCCUACCCGGACCUCCACACCUCCAACCCCCCGCUCGCCUCACAGAGGGAUCCACAAGCUUCCAGGUUGCACGUCACAAUCUCAGCUACAUCCAGGAGAUCGGCAAUGGCUGGUUUGGCCAGGUCCUACUGAGUGAAAUCUACACAGAUCCAGGUGGAACCAGAGUUGUGGUGAAGGAGUUAAAAGCUAAUGCAAAUGCCAAGGAGCAGAAUGACUUCCUGCAGCAAGGAGAUCCAUACAGAGUGCUGCAGCAUCCAAACAUCCUCCAGUGCCUAGGCCAGUGUGUUGAGGCCAUUCCCUUCCUGCUCGUCUUUGAGUACUGUGAAAUGGGGGAUUUGCGGGGCUAUCUGUCUCAGCAGGACUGGAUGUUCCGAAAUGCCGAGUUACUGCAGCUGCAGAGGAUGGCCUGUGAAAUUGCUGCUGGCGUCACUCACCUCCACAAACACAACUUCCUGCACAGUGAUUUGGCUCUGAGGAACUGCUACCUGACGGCAGAUCUUACUGUCAAAGUAGGAGACUAUGGAAUUGGACCUUACAGAUACAAAGAGGAUUACAUCAUCACUGAGGAUGAUGUGUUUGCUCCGCUUCGCUGGUUGGCUCCUGAGCUGGUGGGUGAACGCCACGGGGGCGUGAUCACUAUAGAGCAGACCAAGCCCAGCAAUGUGUGGGCCUUGGGGGUGACGUUGUGGGAGCUCUUUGAGAGCGCAACUCAGCCGUAUCCUCAUCUGUCUGACCGCGAGGUUCUCAACCAUGUGAUCAAGGAGAAUCAAGUCAAACUCUUCAAGCCACAGUUGGAGCUGCCCUAUUCUGACAGAUGGUUCGAGGUCCUGCAGUUCUGCUGGCUGUCCCCAGACAAGCGGGCUACAGCAGAGGAAGUGCACCGUCUGCUCAUCUACCUGCGAAUGCAAGGCCAGAAGGACAUAGAAGAAGAUUUUGAUCAACGCUGGGAUGCUCUCAAGCCCAACCCCUCCACACGGCAGCCCACUGUUAGCCAUUCCUCAUACCCUAUCUUGGAACAGUUUGCUGAUGAUGCACUGCGACAAGAGAUCGAUGAGGUUCUGACCGUCACGGAAACUAGCAAAGGUCUCAGCUUUGAGUAUGUUUGGGAGGCAGCUAAGCACGACCACUAUGAAGGCAGCCAUGGUCGCCCAGGCAUGGACACAACAUUGAACUACCACAGCAUGUUCUUUCCUGCUUCCAGUGAAGAUAUCCAGGCCCAUUUCCCUGAGCAGGAAGGCAGAGCUGUGGGUACAGAAAGUGGUAAUACUCCAUCAGGAAUACCUGGGAUUGUACCGGUGUUUGAUGCACAAAAGCCAUGCAAUGGAAAUGAAUAUUACAUCCAACUAGAAGAACAAGGGGAGAGCAAUGUUGGGGUAGAUGGGAACAGAGGACAACACAUGGACUACAGUUCAGGCCGGCAAGAUUUUGUUGUACUCCAAGAUGUCCGUCUGGAUGAGUCCAGCACUGAUGCAGACUUUUUCCACCAAAGCAUUGACUCCAAGGAUUCGUAUUUACCAGACAGUCACAUAUGGUCAUCUCUCGAAAAUGACAGCCCAUAUCACACCAACAUUUUUACAGAGGGAGGGUCCAAGCAAGAGGAUUCCCCUUCCUGGACACAGACUUUUAUGGAGCUUCCAGAGCGCAACGGGAACCCUUUCCACACAGGUUUACCUUUGGACAUUCAAGAUGCAGAUGAAGAUAAUUCCUAUGGGAGUUCUUUUUUAGAGGAUCGUUCAGAAGCCACUCAGCGGGUAGAUCCUGUGAAAGGGGAGCAGGAAAAGACAGAUAUGAUGGUGCUUCUGAACACUGAUAAACUAGCAGACAACUUUAUGUUUCUCACGGAGCAGAACCUGAUGAAAGAUGGCUCCAGUUUCUUAAGUCCACAGCAGAAUUUUCUUUCACCUGGCAUGGCCCACCAACCUGAAGACACAUUCAAAAUGCGUUCUUGGGACAAUCUUGAUUCUUUAGGCAGCUUAGACACAGCAGAUCCUUAUUCCAAACCUGCAGCAAGUAGCACAUCUUCAAGACAGACACUUGUAGACUCUCCCCAUACUAGCUUUGGGGAGUUAAGUCAGUCUCUGGUAGACAAUAAAACACUGGUGCCUUCCAUUACAGUGGUCACAGACGAUAACACUAGCAACCAGCUGCCAGUUAGAGAUAGCUCUUCCACCGAAGACCUUGGUCUGCCGCAAGCCUCAGACAGAGGUGUAGACUCUGGUUUUGAUUCUACCUCAGAACGGUUUGAGGUUGUCAUUAGUCAAAGUGAUGCCCACACCCCUGCUUUCUCUGAAAGUGCCACUAUAGACUCAUGGUGCACAGAUGCCAAAAUUCCCAGCCUUGAAGUCGACCUUGGAACCUCAAAGGAUAGUGCUCCAUUCGUAGGCAGUGAAAUGCCUGAAAACCUGGAAGUCCAAGUCUUGUCCCCAGACAUCGGACACAGUGAAGACCUUACAAGCAACGAUCUGUUGAGUGAACUACUCGAGGAUGCAGAUAUAGAACUGGAAACCACUCUGUCUGACCAUGAAGAAUCCUUUGUGGACUCGAACGGAGAACCUCUUGUGAGAUCUUCUCUGUUGGUCUCUGGGCCAUCGUUGGACCAGAUCAGCCAGGACAGUUUACUGGAUGACAGUAUGUCCGCCACUCUACCAACCAUAGAUAAUUCAGCAGAGACACCAGACUCUCUCGACUCCCUUGAUAUCCACCGGCUUGGGGAACAGGGGGAAGAGCUGAAUGGUCAAAUAGCUCAACACAAACUCCAGCCUCCACACAAAAUAUCAGACAGUGGGUAUGAGACCGAGAACCUGGAGUCUCCUGAAUGGAAUUUUCAGGCUAAUGCCACAGUCGACUCCCCCGUCAAAAACGGCACGAAUGUUGCCGAAGAAGAAGAGGAGACGGAAGAGUGCACUGCGGCAGCAAAUCUGGUUCCACCAGAAAUCAUCAUUUCUGAAGUAGAAGUUGUUCCAGAUACUCAUAGUGAGGAUGCUGCUGAGGCCCAGCAGCCGGAUCAGGUACCUCCAGCUCAGGAACCGCCCAUGGGCAGUAACUACAGAGACUCUGCCUACUUCUCAGACAAUGACUCAGAACCUGAGAAGAAGGCUGAAGAGUCCGGAGUUUCUGCUGAAGUCCCGUGGCUGAGGAACUCAAUUGACGAGGGCAGCAAACCCUCUGCAGGUCCAGCACCGGAGCUUCACGGGGAUAGCGAUAUAGAUUCUUUAAUUACUCAGCAGAAAUCUUCUGAAGCUGCUGAAACACAAGCUGAGGCUGAAGAAAAACCCACUAUUCACGUCUGGGGCCUGUUUUCAAAGGUGGAUCCAGACAUCACAGAGGAACGGGAGGGGGAGGCAGCCAUCAGCCAUAAUGAAGAUGAAAACAAAUCCGACUUCAUCAAGGAUGCAACAACAACUCCCGAUCAACCAGACCAGUCUCAAGAUCCAGAAACCUCAAUUCCACCUCCUUCUGCUACUCCAUCAAAGCAGGAGAACGCAGUUCACGCUAAACUAACCAGGACCUACGCCAGCGACGGUCAUAAAACAAGAGAGUCGGACGUGGAGGGGCGUUACCUGGGGAGGCGGGACGGCUCGGGAUCAGAUGUGCAGGAGGAGGACGUGGACGCCGAUGAGGAGGACGAGAACAGCGAUGACUCCGACGACGACGUCCGUGCGUAUCGGCUGCACAGCUCCAGCUCAGAGAGCGAGGACGACACCGUGCAUCCAGUGCCGCUCAUUGUCUCAGAUGACAGCAGAGCGAAGACCCUGAAGAGCUUGUUGAAACCCACCGCUCUGAACGCCGAGUCGUCGUCGUCCCCAUUUUCGUCAAGGAGCAGUGCGGAUAACUCCCGACGAGCUGUGUCCUUCUUCGACGACGUCACUGUCUACCUGUUUGACCAGGAGACCCCCACUAAGGAGCUGGCUGACCAUUCUUCAGGUUUAAACAGUCAGGUGCCAGAGUUCAGCAGCCCAGUGUCCACUGCCAGCUACCUGAACCGGUUCACCAACUCUGAAAGCUCCACGGAUGAAGAGGGUGGUGGCUUUGAGUGGGACGACGACUUCUCCUCCCCUGGCCCAGCCUUCCUGCCCCAGACGGAUAAAGACCCAGUGUCUAAGGCGAUGUCUUCGUCCGCGGCAUCUCGCUUCUCCUCUCCGCCGCUGGCAGCAGGGCGCGUGCUGGAGCCCAGCUGGAGCGGCUCCUCCAACUACUCCCGUUUCUCCAUCUCACCGGCCAGCAUCGCCAGCUUCUCCCUCACACAUCUUACCGACUCCGACAUCGAACAAGGAGGAAGCAGUGAAGAUGGAGAGAAAGACGAGUGUGAUAAAUGA